GUACUGCACCUUGCCCGACGCCGCACCCGCAACCCGCAGCAGAUAGAAGAAGACCGGCUCAGCUCCGGCCGGUCGAGAUCCACCGAUCCACUCACCUUACUGCGCCGAGCCGAGCGGGGCGCGCGGGCGGCUCAGAUCACACCGCACCGGCGGGCGAUCACCGACGCCGACGCGGCGCCCCCACGCCAACGGCCGAACGCACUAUACGAGCUCUCUCCCCCCUCGCCGUCGUGCUCCCCGACCCGACCCAACCCCACCCACUCCUCCCUCCCGCAGCUACAUCUCCCGCCUCGCCGCCGCGCGGCUGGAGCUCGCCAAAGAGCUUCCUCCGCUACUCGCCCCAGCUCCCCGGCGACGUCGGCCCGGCUCCCGCGCGUUCAUCCUCCCGCUCUCGCGCGGUCUGCGGGCUCGAUCGAUUUGAUUGGCGGGGCCGAGGUCGCCGGUCCAGAUCCCCGCUCCCGCGCGCUUGGGCGUGGGAGGUGGAUCAGCGGCGCGGAUCAGAUCUAUGCCUGAGAUCUAGGGGUGCAGGUACGUAGCUGGAGGUGGUGAGCUGGUGGCGAUCGGAGUCCGGCAGCAGGGAUGGCGUGGUGGUCCGGGAAGGUGUCGCUGGGCGGGCUGCAGGACAUCGCCGGAGCAGUCAACAAGAUCAGCGAGAGUGUGAAGAACAUCGAGAAGAACUUCGACAGCGCGCUCGGCUUAGAGGAGAAGCGCGGCGACGAUGAAGAAGCAUCAGGAUCACGGACAUCCAACUCUGAUGGGAUAGGAUUCUUCAAUCCUGUCAUGGCUUUCAUGGGACACAAUGGUGAGGAGGAUAUCACCGAAGUAUCAAAAAAGCCACAAUCUCCAAAGAAUCAGCCAGCAGAGGAAGAAAACCAUAGCACCCCUACUAAGCAGCAGACAUCUAAGGUAGAUGCUUCUGAAGUAUCAGGAACAACCAAAUCUCCAAAGCAGCCUUCAAAAGCGGAAGAAGGUCAUAACAUGUCCACUGAGUCACCUGUUUCUAAGGCAGAUGUUUCUGAGCAAUCCAUGACAUCACAAACUCUAACACAUCCUUCAGCAGUAGAAGAAAAUUUUGAUGGCUCCAUUAAGUCACCAGUGUCUAAGGGGGAUGAUUCUGAAGCAUCAGAAACAUCACAAUCUCCGACACAUUCUUCAACAGCGGAAGAAACUCAUAGUAGUUCCAUUGAGAAUAUUAGUUCAGUUAUGAAUGAAAGCCAGGACCAUCAAGAUAGCAAACAUUCUGGUCCUAGUGAUGAAGCACAGCCUAAUCAGCUUGGAGAGUCUGUGGGUGACAUACCUGAUGGUGGAGCAUCUUCUUCGCCAACCAAAAUAGAUCAAUUAGGUGACACCAAAACAAGGGAAUCUAUUCAUAUUGGAAAGGAAGAGACAUCUGAUGGGAACGCCUUGCAGUCACAACCAGCUGAGUCCGUUCUAGCUAGCUCAGAUGGUAUAGUUGAAGCUGAGGACAAAAUUGAUCAACAAUCUGAUGCUCCCAAAGAAAUAAGUAGCCCACAGGAUAGCACUGAUACAGUAGACAAAGCUACUCAUGUCGAAGUCAAAGUACAUGAUGAAAAUACUAAUACUGAAAAAAAUGAGGAAGAAAGCAAUAAGACAGAGGCAGGGGCAGCAUCUGUCAAUGAACAGGAGGAUAUUGUGCCGGAGCAUCCUGAAGAAUUUAGAUCAAAGUCCAUAAUUCAAGAGCAUGAUUCGCAUUUGCAGAAUGAAUCUCUGGUGAAUUCGACAGAUGUACCUGCUGAACCAGUGGAAGUAAGUUCUCCUGCAAAUGAUUUUAGAAAAGAAGAAAAGGCUCAGCAAUCUGUUAGAAGCACAAAUUCUUCGACUCUGGAAUCUGCUGGUUCUGUCGUUGAGCUAGAGAAAUUAAGACGUGAAAUGAAAAUGAUGGAUGCUGCAUUGCAAGGUGCUGCAAGGCAAUCUCAGUCCAAAGCUGAUGAAAUUGCAAGAUUGAUGAAUGAGAAUGAGCAACUCAAAUCAACAAUUGAUGAUCUCAAGAGUAAAUCAUCUGAAGCAGAAUUGGAUGCGCUUAAGGAUGAAUACCACCAGAGAGUAGCAACUCUUGAAAGGAAGGUGUACGCACUAACCAAAGAACGGGAUACUCUAAGGAGAGAACAGAAUAAAAAAAGUGAUGCAGCUGCCCUUUUGAAAGAAAAGGAUGAGAUUAUCAAUCAGGUCAUGGCUGAAGGUGAGGAGUUAUCCAAAAAGCAAGCUGCUCAAGAAGCUACAAUUCGAAAACUGAGGGCACAGAUUCGUGAGCUUGAAGAAGAAAAACAACGUCUGAACUCAAAGAUCCAGGUCGAGGAGACUAAGGUUGAGAGCAUUAAGAGAGACAAGGCAGCAACUGAGAAGUUGCUUCAAGAAACGAUAGAAAGAAAUCAGACUGAACUUGCAGCUCAGAAGGAGUUUUACACCAAUGCUCUUAAUGCAGCUAAAGAGGCUGAGGCAUUGGCUGAAGCAAGAGUCAACAGCGAAGCCAAAGUUGAACUGGAGAGCCUUUUAAGAGAAGCUGGUGAAAAAGAAAAUAUGUUGAUUAAGACGAUCGAGGAGUUGAGGCAUUCUCUUACGAGGCAAGAACAGGAGGCUGCUUUCAGGGAAGAAAGGAUAAAAAGGGACUACGAUGAUCUUCAAAAGCGGUAUCAAGCCAGUGAACUUCGUUAUAAUGAACUGGUCACACAAGUUCCUGAGUCUACCAGACCACUCCUAAGGCAAAUUGAAGCCAUGCAGGAGACAGCAGCUCGUAGGGAAGAAGCUUGGGCUGGUGUUGAGAGAACAUUGAACUCUCGCCUUCAGGAAGCAGAAGCUAAAGCUGCUGCUGCAGAAGAAAAAGAGCGGUCUGUAAGUGAGCGAUUGUCACAAUGUUUAUCCCGGAUAACUGUUCUUGAGACCCAGAUUACAAUUCUUAGAACAGAGCAGACACAGCUGAGCCGAUCUCUUGAAAAGGAGAGGCAGAGAGCUUCUGAAAGUAGACAGGAGUACCUAGCAAUUAAAGAGGAGGCUGCAAUACAAGAAGGGCGAGCCAAACAACUCGAAGAAGAACUAAAGGAGCUUAGGGCUAGGCACAAGAAGGAGCUGCAAGAAGCAGCAGAACACAGGGAACUGCUUGAGAAGGACCUUGAAAGGGAAAAGGCUGCCAGGGCAGAGAUUGAGAAAACAUCUUCCCGUGAAGCACCUAAGGUUCCACUUCCUGAUCAAACAAGAAAUUCCCCUCUAAGAAAGCUCUCUAGUUCUGGGAGUAUAAAUAGUCUGGAAGAAAGCCAUUUCCUUCAAGCAUCAUUGGAUUUAUCAGACAAUGCUUCAUUAGAAAGAAGAAUGUCUUCAGAAAGUAAUAUGUCAUAUUAUCUGAGGACCAUGACUCCAAGUGCUUUUGAAUCAGCACUGCGUCAAAAGGAUGGAGAGCUUGCUUCCUACAUGUCACGCUUGGCCUCAUUGGAAUCUAUUCGGAAUUCACUGGCGGAGGAGUUGGUGAAAAUGACAGAACAAUGUGAAAAGUUACGGACUGAAGCUGCUGCUCUGCCUGGCUUAAGGGCCGAAUUGGAGGCUCUGAAACAAAGGCACUUUCAAGCUCUAGAACUUAUGGGGGAACGUGAUGAAGAGCUGGAAGAGCUACGAAAUGAUAUCGUUGACUUAAAAGAGAUGUACAGAGAGCAAGUGGAUCUUCUCGUUAGCCAGCUCCAGGCAUUGGGUGCCCGUGUAUAGUGGCUGUACGGCUUUGUCAUGCCAUCAAAUUCUUUUUCUGUGCAUCGACCAAAUCCAAGAUAACAGGUCUUGAGCAUGUUUCUUCGAAAUUUUGUAACCAUACAGCGACACUGAAAAUAUUCGUUUGUAUACAUCUGAAGCACCUCGGUGUUGGGUUUAGGAGGAUACGUUGUUGUAUACUAGAUUUAAUAGUUUCACAGUUUUACGUGUAUUCUUUGUAAUUUGUUUUCAUCAAAGUGUAUCAAAUUUGAGAAUCCAUUUGCCUGUGUACCUCAGAGGAAUGCAAUCAAUCAAUAAUAUCGAGAGCCCGUUUUGUCCC